AUGACAACCACUCCGUUGAAGGGUGGGUUCUAUAACACUAGUGACGGGGAGACAAUGAACAAGCUCUAUGGCUUAGCACUAUGCCAAGGAGAUCUAGCUCCACAAGGGGAAUUUUGCAAGAUCUGUCUACAUAAUGCAAGAAAUAGCAUUCUAGAAGAUUACACAAACAAGACACAAGCCAUUGAAUGGUAUGAGAGCUGUUUUAUUAAGUACUCCAACCAGAGUUUCUUUGGGGUUGUGAAUAUUGUUGGAAGGACAAUGUGUGGAACUGAACAAAGCAACCGGAUUGCUGCCAAUAUCACCACCGGAAUGAUUGCGAUCAAUAGUUCUCUGGAGAGCUAUGCGCUUGUGCUGCACAAGAGACCUCAGCAGAGAGGGUUGUGGGGAUUGCUUGCAGAAAGGGAUGAAUAUUUCUUUGCAAAACUGUGCAUUGUCUCAAGGAUGGCGAUAUCUCUCUGGUAG